GGCCGCCGUCACAGAACGCCGAUGUGGCUGCAGCAGCGGCGUCAAACCUCCGGUUCGCCUGUGGGAUUUUAAUAAUUAAAAAAAAACAACCCGUCGCAAUGAAUGUUUUAAUCCUGGCUCUGUUGUGCGUCCGCGGCUUCGUCGCGGCGGGCGAGGACGAGAGGCUGCCGAACAAGUGCGAAGUGUGUAAGUUCCUGACGGUGGAGCUGCAGGACGCGCUGGCGAAAACCGGCCGCUCCAAGGAGGUGCUGGAGGUCGGGGAAGUGCUGGACACGGGCAAGAGGAGGAGGAAGAUCAAAUACAACACCUCGGAAACUCGUCUGACUGAGGCGGUGGACGACAUAUGCGAGCGCAUCCUGCAGUACAGCGUUCACGCGGAGAGGCCCGGCAGCCUCCGGUACGCCAAGGGCGCCAGUCAGACCAUGACGACGCUGAAGAACCUGGUCCAGAAAGGAGUGAAAGUGGAGCUGGGUCUGCCGUUUGAACUGUGGGACGAGCCGUCGGUGGAGGUGUCGGACAUGAAAAAACAGUGUGAGACCAUGCUGGAGGUGUAUGAGGAGGUGGUGGAGGACUGGUACUUCCAUCAUCAGGACCAGAGGCUGGAGAACUUCCUCUGUGAGACACACGUUCUCAAGGCGUCGGAGCAAGAAUGUCUUAACGAAGUGUGGAAAGGAGACAUGGGGAAAAGAGGCGGGGCCGAGGAGGCGGCGGCGGCAGGCGACGAAGAGGAGGGAGCGGACAGCAGCAUGAAGGAAGAGGAGGGAACGACACACAAGGAGCUUUGAGGACAAGGGUUUUUUUUAAAAAGGGGAAAAACAACACAAAACCUCAGCUUAAGAAGAAAUUAUGCGUAGAGACAAUGUUGUCAGUUUGGGCAGAUCUUCGACAUUGAUUCUGGCGCCAAAUCUUGCUACAGUUUACAUGGACAGUUAAAACAGUGUGAUGUGAUGUUUAAUACAAGUUAACUCUAGUAUUCUCCUGUUAUUUUUAUAUAAAUGUCGUCUGCCUUUUAUAAACUUUUGCACCUUUUGAAAACACUUGUCGAUUCGGAUUAAGGUUUGAAGCCCUAAACAUGAAUAUCUGAGACUCCUGCAGUGUGAUUCAAACUGUUACAUCUCUCCUCAUGCCAACAGUAUAUGGUACAUUUAUCUCUUUUUUUAUAUAGAAAACCAUUUAUGAAUGCAAUAUGUACAGUUUUUCAUGUUAAAUAAAAUGCUUUCUUUUUUAAAAAUAA